GCCCUAAUGCCUGCGGAUUAUCAAGAACCCUUGAUCAGACAUUUUGCUGUAGCGAUUGCACCCAAAGCUGAGUGCAAACUGUACCUGAUGGGCAUACCUAAAAGAAGAAGGAAGCAGCUUCAGAAGUUGAUUGGAAGGUGGAGCAGUUCUCCAGCAGGUGAUGUGAAGUCACUGCGCUCUAUUCCAAAUCCUCACAUAUCCAGGAUCCGUAAUAUAGGGAUUAUGGCACAUAUUGAUGCAGGAAAGACCACAACUACAGAGCGAAUGUUGUACUAUGCUGGGUACACUAGGACAUUGGGAGAUGUGGAUGAUGGAGACACUGUAACAGACUUUAUGGCACAGGAGAGAGAACGUGGCAUUACUAUCCAGUCAGCUGCAGUCACUUUUGACUGGAAUGGGUAUCGGAUUAAUUUGAUUGACACACCAGGCCAUGUGGAUUUCACACUAGAAGUCGAACGUUCCUUGAGAGUGCUAGAUGGUGCAGUCGCAGUGUUUGAUGCUUCAGCAGGUGUAGAGGCACAGACACUGACUGUUUGGAGACAGGCAGAUAAACAUGGUGUGCCACGGAUUUGCUUUUUGAAUAAGAUGGACAAACCUGGAGCAAGCUUCAUAGACUCUGUUGAAAGCAUCAAACAAAAGCUGAAGGCAACUCCUCUUCUUUUGCAGUUGCCUGUUGGAGAGGGAAGAACCUUCAAAGGAGUGAUUGAUCUAAUCUCUAAUGAAAAGGUUACAUGGCUUUCCCAGUCCUCUAUGGAUGAUGGUCGAACAUUUGAACGGAAAUACCUUUGUGAAAAAGAUGAUCACGAUUUACUGAAGAAUGCUAAGGAUGCCAGAAAUGCCCUAAUAGAGCAAGUGGCAGACCUGGAUGAUGAAUUUGCAGAAUUGGUGUUGGGUGAAUUUAGUGAGAAUCUUGACAGAGUACCUGCAGAAAAGCUGCAGUCAGCCAUUCGAAAAGUGACAGUUGCUCAGUCUGCUGUGCCUGUACUGUGUGGCAGUGCCUUGAAGAAUAAAGGAGUCCAGUUAUUACUGGAUGCAAUCGCUUCAUAUCUACCAGCACCAAAUGAAUGCCAUCAUGACUUUCAGUAUUGGUAUGGUGAUGACUUAUGUGCUCUGGCCUUUAAAGUUCUGCAUGACAAACAGCGUGGGCCUUUGGUAUUUGUGCGAGUUUAUUCAGGAGUGAUGAAGCCACAAUCAUCUAUUUACAACAUCAAUCAGGACAACACAGAACGAAUGAGUCGACUUUUACUGCCCUUUGCUGAUCAGCAAGUAGAAAUCCCCUCUGUGACAACUGGCAACAUUGCAAUCACAGUUGGACUUAAACAGACUAAAACAGGGGACACACUUGUUUCUUCAAAAGCUUCAGCAGCAGCUGCAGCACGCAAGGCUGGAAGGAGUACUGGAACAAAGCAGAAUCAGAACCAGGAGAAAUCAAACCUAGUUUUAGCUGGAAUAGAAAUUCCAGAACCAGUGUUUUUCUGUACAGCGGAACCUCCUUCACUAGCUAAACAAGCAGAUUUGGAAAAUGCACUAAGAUGCCUUCAACAAGAAGAUCCUAGUUUAAAAGUGAAGAUUGACCCAGAAUCAGGGCAGACUGUAUUGUGUGGAAUGGGUGAGUUACAUAUUCAGAUCAUUCAUGAUCGAAUUAAAAGAGAAUAUGGUAUUGAUGUCCAUCUAGGACCUCUACAGGUAGCCUACCGAGAAACCAUCUUAACCGCAAGUACUGCUGCAGACACUUUGGACAGAACUAUUGGAAAUAACCGUCAUCUAGUGACUGUAGAGGGCUAAGCCAAGACCUCCAGCACCCUCUCUGUCCAACCAGUGCUUCGUUAUGUACACAGUGUUUAUGAAGGGAUAUUGUCCUCAGCCUCAGAAUCCUCAAAAAGAGGUGUCAGAAGCCGGUGCCUGCAAAGUCCCCUAAUUGGUUUCCCUGUUCAGGAUGUUGGUGUCACUGUUCAGAAUGUUAUUCUCCAUCCUGGGACAUCCAUGGCAAUGGUUUCUGCCUGUGCCUCACGCUGUAUGCAAAAGGUUCUGAAACUAGCAGGGGGCCAGGUGAUGGAGCCAAUUAUGAGCCUUAAUAUUGCCGUGAGUGAUAACUACCUCAGUACAGUGUUGGCUGACCUUGCACAGAAGAGAGGCAGCAUUCAAGAAAUUCAAAGUCGUCAGGACAACAGAGUUAUUCUUGCAACCGUUCCACUGGCUGAAAUGAUGGGCUACUCCACUGUUUUACGCACAUUGACAUCUGGGUCAGCAACUUUUAGUUUGGAAUUUUCCAGUUAUCAAACCAUGAAGCAGCAAGAACAAAGAGAACUUAUUAAUAAGCUGACUGGAUUAGGCUGACCUGACCAUAUGAUGCAUAAAGGAUGGGCAAUUUUCAUUUUUAAAUGUUGAACAUUGAAACCAUCUAAACUGAUGGACACGAAGAAGAGAGCUGAUCUGUCUCUCUCUCCCAGUAUCUUUGUACAUAUAUAAUAUGAUUGAGAGUUUCUGUAAGAACAGAUCAAGUAGUGAGAAGAUUUUGGCAGCUGGGAUCCAAUUAUCUUUGAAAUCAAACCAGUUGUCAACAGUGACAUGAGGUGAAGUAAAACCACAAGUUAACAGGGCAAGAAUGACAACUUCUGUUAGAGGUUUAACUGAACUAAACUCAGCAUGAGUUUCCACAAUUCCAGAAUUUUUACAAUAAAGUGCUUACUCAGUGUCUGCCUUUCCAGUUACCAUAAUAUUGAUGAAUUAUUGUAAAAAUGUGUUCUUUGCUUAAAUAAAUUAAAUGAGACAUCA